AUGAAAGUAUAUCAAAAUCCGGAAGGGCCUAUUUGCAACAGAUGCAAGCAAGAGAGAGGAAUAAACAGAUUAUUAGCUAUCAAUAAUAUGGAUCUCGGACCCCAACCACCUGAACUAGCAUGCUUGACGCAAGUAGAAGAAAUGCUUAUCGCACGUGUAAAUCCAAUAUUACAAGUUACGCAUGCCAUAGGUAGUCAAUUCAAAUAUAAAGGACACACAAUUAGCUUUCCACGAUACAUUGAAAAAAUAGCAGAAAAUUUGCCACAUUCUAUUACAAGCUUGCCAAUAAUUAUAGUGCGAAGGAAAGAUCAACAUGGGAUGAGUUACAAUUUUACAGUAAACAGAGACCGCGUGUAUAGAGCACUACAAUACAAAAUUCAGAAUGACAAAUUUUAUGCAGACGUCACGAUUGAUACAUGUGCACUAGAAAAUUUAUUAGAAGGAUGUGAUCAAAAUAUAUUUGAACACCUAAAAACUAUAAACAUGGAAUUAGAUUUUGACACAAAUGAAAUUCAGUUUGUCGGACCGCUCUUAGAAACUAAAGAAGAAAACAUUAUUGAUCACAUGACAUCGAUGGCAUCAAAACCACCAAAUGCACAAAGAGAGAUGGAGUUGAGUCGUGCAUGGAUUAACAACAAUAACACACAUUCAUCAUCAUUGAUCGAGUGGCCAUCAAUUGGUGGAUCUCCAAUCAAUGAAUAUACUACAUUGGGACUACUAGAUAUGGCAUUCCCGACAUUGUUUCCCAAUGGGAAAUGUGACUGGUUGGAGCCUCGAAUAAAACAAGUACAUCUCCAUGAAUAUGUAAAGCAUCUAAUUCAAUACAUAGAUAACCAUUUUGGGAAGCAUCCCAGGUUUCGAUAUUACAUUACAAAUAUGAUUAUGAGGCAUCGAGCACAAACGUCAACAUCUGUUUUCAUCAAAAGAAAUCUAGGUGAAUUGCCAAUCACUAUAAUGGAACUACGUGAGCAUAUGGAGAAUAUUCCAAACUCACAUUUGGCUGAUAGGUUGAUGCGAUUUGGUGCAACUCUAAGAGGUACAAGAUCUUACUGGAUAAAAUGUCGAGUAGAACUAACAGACUUGCUACAUUAG